AUGAUUACCAUCAUGGUGAUUCAUGUGUUUGGACAAGAUUUAAGUGUUAGUAUAGCUCCGACACGCACACAAUACAGUAACAAACAAGAUGUAGAAGUGAUUCUUAAUUAUAGAAAUCAAGGUUCAAAAAAAGUUUUAAUUUAUAAAUGGUAUUUUCCCGAUCAACAAUUAUUUCAUCCAUUAUUUGAAAUAACUCGAGAUGGUAAGCGCGUUGCAUAUAUUGGUCCAGUUGUUAAACGACGUACACCUAUUGCUGAAGAUAUGGUUUCUCUUGAAUCUGGUAAAAGUAUAAGUACUCGCGUUCAACUCUCUUCAGUAUAUAACAUGACUGAAACUGGUAAUUAUGCAAUUCGAUUCAACUUGUGGAAUGAAUUUAUAUCAUUCAUUCAUGGUUAUGGUUAUGAUGUUUAUGUUUAA